AUGGAGGAGUAUCAAAGUGCUCAAGGAAUCAGUAGAGAAACCAGUAGCAGCAGAAUUGUUAAUAACAGUAGAGGAGACAAAGAGCUUGCUAAAUGGAAGGCACCAAGGGAAGGAGUAGUGAAAGUGAAUUGGGAUGCAGCUUAUGACAAGAAAAACAAGAUGAUGGGUGCUUGUGUGAUUAUAAAAGAUGCAGUAGGGGAUGUUCUAGUGUCUCUUUGUCUGAAAAAAAUACAUGUUAAUUCUUCUGUGGUUGCUGAAAUAGAAGCUUUGCGGAGAGCCUUGAAGCUGUGCUCAGAACUCAACAUUGGGGAGGCUAUGUUUCAAGGGGAUGCUCUGGAGGUUGUUAAGGCUGUAAAUUGUGCAGAUGAAAACUAG